AUGGCGUCGGUCCGUCGUCUCUCCAGCGCGCCAGUCCCCACCACAUGUUUCGCUCGCGGAACGCCGUCGCGCAAUGUCCGCGGCGCGCCGACCGAACCGCCGAUGUGUGGUGGCGAUGUCAACGCAUCGGAAAAGCCCGAUGGGCUUGCGAUUUUCCGACCUUUCCCCGAAUCUGAAAAUUCCGCGAUUAUCGCGCCAAACCGCACAUAUGCUCCCUUGGCGUGUUUUUGCUCCCUCCCCCCACCAACCCCCCGGCCUACGCCGCUGCCGCCGCAACGCUCCUCACCGCCAUCACCACCACCACCACCACCACCCUUGUCAUCGACGCCGCCGGUGUGUUUCACACGUAUUUAUAUGAGAAAAGAAUAA